AUGUCCGCGAAGGCGAGGGCAUGGAGUCAGCUGGGGUCUGAGCCCUACUUGGGUGGGAUGGGCACCGAGCCACAUGAUGGGGCCAAGGGCGGUGACGGGGCGGAUGUUGAUGACAACAGGGAGUUGAGGCGAGGGUGUCGGUCAGCUCUUGUAGUUAUCCCGACAGGAGGAGGGAAGACAGCAGUCUUCUACGGGUUGCUGCCCAUUCUCGAGGCCUUGCGGAUGCAGCCGGUUUGGGGCGUGGGUCGCAUCCCCAGCAAGCCGGCUGUGAUCAUGGUGACGCCGUUGAAUGAGCUGGGCAUAAUGCAAGCUGCAGAAAUGCAAGCCCGGGGCAUCGAGGCAGUCGCUGUGAAUGCACAGACAAUAGCGCAGACCAGACUAGAGGGCCGCGACCUUGUCGAUGAGGUUCGGCUGUGUCGGUGGCGAGUAUCUAUCUGGAGCCCAGAGAAACUCGUCAGCCAGGGAUCCAACAGCGUUUUUGACGAUGAAGACUUCCGCAAGAACGUCAUCGCAUACGGCGUUGAUGAAGUUCACGUCGUACCAGAGUGGGGGAACGCGUUUCGUGAUGCGUAUCGACACAUUGGCUCUCUCCGCAAUCGCCUUCCCUCACGCGUUCCUGUCAUUGCAUUAACGGCCACGCUUACACCGGGUCCCGAGCAAGCGAGCGUCUGCAAAGUUCUCGGCCUACACCGCAAUCAGUACCAUUUCGAGCGUCAUUCAUGCGAGCGAGCCAAUGUGCAACUCACCGUCAACGAGCUGAGCCAUGGUUUGACGGGCUACAGCUUCCCGGAUAUCGCCUGGACCAUUUUGGGAGCCGAGAAGGUCGUUAUAUACUGCAAGACCAUCGACCUAGGGUUCCGGGUUGCAGUCUACCUAUGGUCCCUCUGCACCAACGGUCAGGACAAGAGGAAGACUGUUAGAGUGUGGAACUCGCUCAAGUUUGUGGUCGCCGCUGCCGGAUAA